AAAGUAAAAUAUCCUCUUCAAAGAUAUGAACAUAUCCAUAUCCUUUUUCUAAAGAGUUCUUCUCCAUACAGAAAAAACUACAAAUGGGAAUAAAAAAGCAGGCCUACGCUGGCAAAAAGGUAAACUUUUUUUUUUAUACUUAAAACCGGUUAUUUUUCAAAUUAUUUAAAUAAAAAUAUAAUUUUUUUAUUUUUUCGAUUCGUCUGGCAAAACAAAAUAACCCACAAAAUCUUUGCGCAAAAUUAACAAUUUUUUUUUUUUAAAAACUCAUAACUAUCAGAAUAGUCUUCCCUGGUGUCGGCCAUCCUCUCUCUCACUCUCUCUCUCUCUCUCUCACCGGGUGUCGGCCAUCCUUCUCCCCCCCUCUCUGUCUCUCUCCAAGCAGCAUUGAUAGUUUGACAGUACAUACAUAAUCACACUCUAAAGGCCUAUAUAAACCUCUGUGUGUGUGAUUGGAGAUAGUAGUAAAAAUAAGAGAUGGGAAGUGACAAUUACUUGAAAAUGAAGACGGCUCAAACAGCUUCCACUAAUCUGAUCGCUGCUGAUUUCCAAGAUCUCGGCCACUCCCUUAAGAGGCUCGGAAACCAUGUCAUCAAGCUCACCUUAGGCGUCGGUUUAGGCUCUACUCUGCUUCAAUGGAUCGCUUCAGUCGCUGCAAUUUAUUUGCUGGUCUUGGAUCGGACAAACUGGAGGACCAACAUCCUUACAGCUCUUUUAAUCCCUUACAUUUUCUUCAGUCUUCCGUCCCUAGUGUUCAGCUUCCUCAGCGGAGAAGUUGGUGAAUGGGUUGCUUUCAUUGGCGUGGUAGUGCGUCUCUUCUUCCCCAAACAUUAUCCUGAUUGGCUAGAAAUGCCGGGGGCAUUGCUUCUUCUCAUUGUGGUGGCGCCAAGCUUGAUUGCUGAUACUUUGAGGGACAGCUGGAUUGGAGCUGUGAUAUGUCUUGCUAUCGCAUGUUACUUGCUUCAAGAGCACAUCCGAGCGGCCGGCGGGUUCAGAAAUGCCUUCACCAAGAGUAACGGCAUUUCCAACACCGUCGGGAUAGUCAUUUUGUUGGUCUAUCCCGUCUGGGCUAUUGUGUUUGACAUCAUAUAGGCACUCUCUCUCUUCAGCUUUGUUGCUUGUCUUUUGGUCGGCGUUUCUCGGACUCCAGAUUUGUUUUUGUGAUCUUCUUGUGCAACUCUCCCAAUUUGUUUGCAAUGUUGUUCCUCAACUUCGUUACUGAGAGUUUCUUGAUGUAUAAUUGGUUGAUUUUUGUUGUAAAAAAACCUGCCAGGAUGUAAUGCUUGCUAUGGUUACCAAUUAUAUGGAUUCAGUUACGCUAGUGUGAAAAAUA